AUGGAUAGCGAUGAUGACGUACAGGUUGUUUACGAAUGUUGCAACAACGAGACAUGGAAAUCAGCACGGGAUCGUAUCAGAACUCAAUAUCGAACGGUUGGACAGUCUACAGGAUUCAAUCAUUCCGCUUACUCUAGUGAUAAGAGUGUACAAGCAGGGUACGGACGGUCUCGGAUGUAUCGGGAAGGAGGCGACGCUCUAUCUGUCCUCUCUUAUCCUUCUUGUUCGUCUGCGAUGUCAUCGGCUUCCUCGGAGUGCAGUUUUACAUCGAGUGCCGCAACAUUAAUGGUUCCGCUGGCUGCAAAAGUAGAAAUGAUUGAUCUGGUUACUAUUAAUGAUGAGGACUCGCAAUCAGUCGAAUUUCUUCAAGAAGAUAGUGAUUCCACGUCAUCUGUUCAGACUGUUCGUGAGCGCAAGAAGCCACCAAAACUACCAGAAAGUGACGAACUGCUGCUUUUUUCAAACAAACAUGAAUCCACAGAUUCUGACCAAGAGAUUGGAGACUCAGGGGAACAUGGGAAUAUUUCGAAGUUUUCUGAACAAACGACGAUUCCUAUAAAGGAGGAGGACGGAGUGCAGAUUGUAACUCCACCUCCAACUGAUAGCGACGUCAACUUAACAACAAUAAAAAACGUUUAUAUAAGAUCAGCUGCCGAAGUGUGGAGAGAAGCAUGUCGUUCCUCGAUGAGUUUUUUCGCGGUUGAGGAAGAGAAGCCUCCAGUUUUCCCUAUUUUCGCUUCGACUUUAAGCACUGUAUCUGAGGCUAGUAGCUUAGCUAAUGAUGUAAAUGGAAUGAAGAUAAGUACAGAAUCGCAAAGGCAGCGCAUAUCUCCAGACUCACCUUCGCAUGAUCAGGUCUCUUCGUCAUCAGAUGCGAUUGUGAAAAAGAUAUCUGCAACGAAAACUGCAAAUAGAGAACGAGAACUUACUUCAGCAUGGGCGGAGGAUCAUGACUUCGGCCUUGAUGGUGACGAAUUCUUGGAAACUGAAGACGAAGCAUGUGGAUCUCCUGAUAUUAAUGACAUGGAGACUGAAAUCGUCGAGUUAACUGCUGAGAAGUCGUCAAAUGAAAAGGAAAAUGCACCGAGAAAGUCAUCAUAUUUCGAUAUGACGAAAACGACUGGGUCCACCCUAAAGACAAAACGGAAGGUCAACAAAACCAGCAGAAGUAAAGUGACAAUUGAUGAGAAUGCUAAGAGGAAUAAAGAUAAUCAUAGGAAGAGGAGCAGCUCUUCAAGAUCACCUCAGAAAUCGAGCUCUCGCUCCAACGCACAGUCUAGCAAGCGAUUCGCUGUGGGACGAAGUCGAGAGAGACCAUCACAACGUUUUGGUUAUGUUCAAUCAAGUCCAUCAGUAUGUUUGGCAUCCUCAGCCCCAAAGGCUAAAGCCUUGCCGCGCUACGUACCUGUCGAGCGACAUUGUGACUUCACUCGCUGGUUUGACGCCGAGAGAGAACUCGUAUUGCACAAAAUAAAAGACGUAGCAACUGGACUUGUAUCAGCGCCUUUGGGCUGUACCUACGACUCUGCCUUGGAUACCUUUAUUUUCACCCGGCAUGACAGUAUACUAUUUGCGACAUGUGAAGGUCGAAUAUUGAAUGACCUCACUUUAAGAGGCUUUGAUCGUCCAAGUGCAGUAUCUGUUCUACGUCCUGGCCAAGCUCUCGGUAUCCUGGACCGUUCAAACUUAUUCUUGUACGAGCAUCAUAUGAAAAGACUCAGUAUUCUUGCCACUGGUCUCAAUGGCCGACAUCGAGCACUGACGUAUUCUUCCUCUGGCGAUUUUGUGACAGUGAGAAAAUCGGCUGGGCAGCUAGCUGUAACAGUUUUUGACAGCAGUAAUUGUGACUCGAUAGUUGCGAGUCUCCCUUAUCCGCGGGCCGAUGGUGUUCCGAACGACCAAGAACGGCAACCAUGUUUCGCGGAUACUGUCGGGAAACAAAUAUUUUUCACAGAUUUGCGUGCGAACACGCUGACAUGCAUUGAGCUGUCAAAAGACAGCCUUGAAAAAGUGUACAGCAGGUGCUUGCAGCAAAUGCCCACUCACAAAGGCGAUGAAACCCAACAGAAAUACAGCAGGUUUGUGUAUAUGAGCGGAAUCCGAUGCGACGACUCCGGCCAUCUACUGGUCGCUGACGCAAAAACCCAUAGUUUAAAGCUGCUUACCUCAAACGGACAAUUCAUGAAAAAAGUUCGUAUAGCUGAUGGGAGUAGCUUCCCGUAUUGCUCAUCAUUUGGAAUAUCGCCAUCAGGAAUGUUAAUGGCAUGUGAUCGAGGGAAUAGUCGUAUGAUACUGUACCGCAUUGGAGAAGAAACUGCGCCUGAGAAUGCAGUUCUAACUGAUGAUGUAUUCGAUCGAAUUAUUGGCAAUAAUGGAGUUGAAAACGAAGGAUUCACCGAGGAUAUCAUUCUUCGCAGGAUGAUAUUUGUAGUGCUGAUAUCAUUAUCAGCAUUUUGGACUCUUCCCUUAGGUGCCGAAUCGUUCUUCUUUGAAGUGCAUGGCAGUGUAGUAGAUGUACCCGAAAAUGAACGUAGCACCUCAUCAGUAGAGGCUAAAUUUAACGUUGAUGUCUCUUCUGUGCUUAACAGGGACGACAUUACUCUACGUGUUCACGAAUUAAAGAACAGUUUUGGCAUCUACAUUUCGAGUUCUAUAUUCCACGGCUACGUCACUGCCACUUUGAACCGAACAGAACUAAUUUCGAUGCUGAAAACUGUCCCAACAAUCGCCCUGGCCUACGUAGCUCCAGUAGAAUCGAUUCCUUCGUUACCUAAUACAUCGUCUACGCUGUCGUCCGCUGCCGUUCAGUGUCAAGGAGAUGGCGUACCCUUACCGAACAACACGUGUCUUUGUCCACCAUAUUCUACAGGACAAUACUGUGAGAAUACUAACUGUCAAAACUAUGGUAUUAAUCAUGGAAGCCGAUGUGCAUGCCCACCUGGUUUCUACUCAAUAUACUGCGAGAACCGAGGGUUUCGUCCUGCCAUCGAAAAUGAUCUCGACAUAUCGAAACGGUCAUUGGUGAUUGUGUUUUCACUUGCCGAUUCCAUGCAACAAGAUUUCCAGAAUUUUCGUGCGAAUCUGGGUGAUAUGGUAGAUGGCAUGCAAGGUGGUGAUGAAGAUAUCGCCACCUUCGUUUUCCUUGGAUUUGUACUAACAGAUAAUAACGUUUUGACGUACUUCAUCGCCCAUGGAUAUCAACUGUCGGAUCUGGAUACGAUUUUCGACUGGCUUGUUUUCUUCACUCCAGCACCACAACAACCAUUUCUUUACGAAAUCGUGCAAGCCCAGCUGAUGUAUUCUGACACUCGCAGCUUCUCCAAUGUGCUUAUUUUUACGGACUCUGGAGCCAGUGAUGCUACAUUUCCUAGUGAUCUCUUCUCUUUGAAUACGCAUGAGCAAAUACUGAUUUCGACUGCAAACACUUGGCACAACAAGCUAACCUUCAUUCUAACGCAAACAUCCACGAAACCUGUUAAUACAUCCGGUGACGACUACGACGUUUACAGACGUCUGGCAGAAGCUACACAUGGUGACAUAUUUGUGAUUGAUAAGGGGGAAAUACCAACAGUUAUGACAAACGUUUUGAACACUUACCAUAAGAUGGAGAAUCUCGCCGUUCGUUACAGAUUUAACUGUACCGAUAUGAAGAUGUUAACUAUUCCAAGGGAACUCAAUUCAUCAGAGACGAUCAGGAUUCUACUCACAGUUGAUAAGAAUGAACGUAAUCCGUCGAACUUCGACAUUCCUUAUGUUGCGGAUUUGAACAAUAUGCAAUUUUCCUUCACCUCAAGAGGGGCAUAUUAUGGGCUCUAUAAUCUUCCAAGUGGGAUUACGGAGAUCCGCGUAGUAGCAGCAACACCAGGAUUGCUUUGCUCGAUCCGAGCAUUUGUGACCUCACCCAAAGCGAUGCUACUCAGUCAUACAAAUAAUCCGCAAAUGGACAUUGGACUUCCUAUAGCAUACAAAUAUGUUCCGCAGUUGGCGACUGGUCUGCCUAUAGGCUUUUCCAACGUCACAUACGUGGAGAUCCGACCGUUCGACUCGCAAACGGUAUUUCCCCUCUCUAUUGCGACGCACGGGAAUAAGAGAAUAAGUGACUCCACCUAUUCUUAUGCAUUUGACAAUCUUUCUGACUGUACUCCUGGUCCUUUUAUCCAGCGUGUGGAUAUAUAUCAGGGAGCUAAUGUUACCACUCGCGUCCUACCAGGAUAUUGCGCUUUACCUGCACCACCAGCUGCAUCAAGGAGAGAAGUAGUAAAAUCUGAGAUCGGUGUUCUUUAUGGCCAAUGCACUGUGAUGAAUUUGGACGCUAUUGUGGAUCCCAGACAGCAUGCAUUCAGACAGAUAAUUUUCGCCAUUGAAAAUAGUGCUGCAAUGAACCUAGCUGCUUUCAAUCUGGUCCGAAUCAUUGAUCUUACUGUAAGUCAGAUGAAUGCAGCGAACACGGAGCUGCAGUUUUCGUUAGUAUUAUAUGACGACAAAGACAUCAGGUUUGUUUCGAGUACUUAUGAUGGUGACCUUUUCGUGAAUCAGUUCUCAAACGCAAUGGCAGAUGUUAUGAGUAGCAGCCGUACCGUACUUACGAGUCGGUCUUUGGAUGUGGUUUUCAAGGUACCCGAGAUUUCUUUGCUUUCACCGACGAUUUUAUAUUUGUUUACAUCUUCCCCGCCGUUGCCUUUAAGUAACUACAGGAAUUCACUUACCAAAAAUCUACAGGUGAAUGUAUUUACGAUAAGAGAUGACUCUGACGAACUCAUUAAUGCUGAUCUCGUCUACUACCAACGCGUAUCUGGAGGGAGAAACUUACCUGUUACUGUUGAUGGAUUGCUUCGGCUUCCACCUCUUCUCACUUCCUCCAUUUACGAAAAUUCUAUGGUUACGGAUGAAGCAGCGCAAGACUGUUCGACGCCCACCACGUUCAGCAUAAAUUACGACGAGUACGCCAGUAAGGUGGUGGUAAACGUUGUUGGUGCAGAUGUCCAUUUACCAAACUUGGUGGUACUCACCACUUCAACUGGUUAUCGUAUCGAUGUUAAAAAUAUGUUUUUGGACCAGAACACAAUUACGUUCUCUGUAGACCCGCAACAAUAUUCGAUUUUCGUGAAACCAUGGCUGCUAGCCGUGACAACCACAUCAGGACCGUGUUUCGUUCAGGUGCGAGUUGUGUCCUCUGUCACAGUAAUUCCAGGAUUCACCACCGAUUCAGCCAGCGAUUUCCCUGCAGAAUCUCCAUUUUCUUUGAGAGGUGCGGAUUGGCAUGCAUAUGUAGUUUUUCACACUUCCUACAGUAUGGGGAGUAUUGAGGUAGUCAGUAUUGGUGCAGCCAACGUUGAAAGCCCUUGGCUGGAUUCUAAUGGUCUUCAACUUUAUGAAGUGACGGCGAGAGAUAACAGCUCUUGUACGUAUCAGUAUUAUUCGUAUGUAGAGAUUCCUCCGUCUACCCUCGUAAAGAUGGUGAUCUCUGGAUCAACGGUAGGGUCCACCUUCCGAAGAACAUAUUACUUCGAACAAACAUACGCUAACGCAUCUACUUGCAACCACGGAUCUCUCGACGUGAACGGCUUCGGGGAGUGCGUUUGUUUCAAUGGACAUACAGGCCAAUUCUGUAAUCAGCCCAUCUGCCAAAACGGUGGCACAAAGUCCAUGACGAUUUGCGUGUGUUCCGCGGGAUUUUACGGAGAGCUCUGUGAAUAUCAAGUUCCACGGCAAUGGGAUUUAUCUACACCCAUGAUCUCUACACUGGGAUCAACUUCAACUCCUCAGCCAAUCACUAAAGUUGGCAAAGUUGUUUGCUACUCUUUAGUUCCGCUUACUGUAUUGGUCUCAACUGUUUUGUGA